AUCGUGAUGGAAAAGCAAUGAAUUAUUUUCCACAAUACCGAACGUUUUGCUCCUCGCAAAUGGCGCAUAACUUCAAGAUAAUACUUCUUAUUGACCAUACGACCAUGUGGCAAGAACUUUUGAUGCACUACGCCACGAUGAGCGAUAUUCCAAUUGGGAUCGAUUUGGGUACCACAUUUUCCUGCAUCGCCGCUUACAGAAAGGGAAGAGCUGAAAUGAUACCUGAUCAAAAUGGUGAUCGACUUAUUCCUUCCAUUGUUUUCUUCGAUCCCCAAACAGGAGCAGUGCACGUGGGAAAAACUGCUGAUAAAUUGUCACCUAAAUGCCCAAGAAACUGUUUAAAAGAUUCAAAACGAAUUAUCGGAAGAAAAUUUGAUGAUGAAUUCAUUUCAAGAUAUCACCGGCAAAAGAACAUUCAGUUUUCUUUGGUACGAGGGGUUGAUGAUAAAGCCGUUUAUCAGUUGGAUGUAAAGUAUGAGACAGUUACAAAAACACCAGAAGAGGUUAGUGCAGAGAUAUUGAAAUAUCUGAAACGAAUGGCCAGUGACUACUUAGGAAGAGGUGUUACAGAAGUUGUUGUAUCUAUACCGGCAUAUUUUAGUAAUGGGCAAAGAAAAGCUACCAAGAAGGCGGUUGAAUUGGCUGGACUCAAAUUAUUGAAAUUCAUCACGGAACCUUCUGCCGGAGCACUUCAUUACGUGCAAGAUAAAAACGUGGCAACAAAAUUAUUAGUUUUUGAUUGGGGAGGAGGAACCCUUGAUGUGUCUUUAGUAGAGGUGAAAAAUAAAAUUUUUGAAGUCAAGUCUGUAUAUGGAGAUACCUUGUGCGGUGGGAGAAAUAUCGAUGAGAGACUGUUCGAUCAUUUUUAUAGACCAGUAGACAAAGAUAGAUUCGCUCGGCGACUGCAACAAGCAUGCGAAGACUUGAAAAAACAAUUAUCAAGUUUGGAUGAAUUUUCAACAGUGAUCGAGUGCUACGAUGGUUUCAAUGACUUCGAAUUAUCGCUUACAAAAUCAAAAUUCGAAAAAUUAACUGAAGAUAUUUUUCAGAACGCUAUAGAUAUUGUGGAAUAUGGACUUGAUGAUGCAGGUUGGAAAAAAUCUGAAGUGAAAGAAAUAGUUUUGGUGGGAGGUUCAACAAGAAUUCCAAAAAUUAGAAAUAUGUUGGAUAAUCUAUUCAGAAAAAAAAUACUUAAAACUGAUUUGAACCCGGACGAAGCUGUUGCGAUUGGAGCUUGUCUCCAAGCAGCAAUGCUCAAAAAUGAAUUCGCGAGUGCGGAAAAAUAUAAAUUAACAGAAGUGACUCCAUUGUCAUUAGGAGUUGGCGUUCAUAAGGAUUUAAUGAGCACUAUUAUUAGGAGAAAUACAUCAUUACCAGCCAAAUUUGCCAAAUGUUUUAUAACAAGUGAGAAUAAUCAAGAAACUUGCAGUUUUACAAUAUAUGAAGGGGAAAGAAAAAACACGAAAUACAAUAAUGUUCUUGGAGAUUUGAUUUUAGAAGGAUUGCCACUGAAACGUUCAGGUGAUGUUAAAAUGGAAGUUACUUUCUUCUUAGAUGAAGAUGGAAUAUUGACUGUAACAGCAUCUGAAAACUCUACUGGCAAAUUCAACAAAAUAGUAGUGACCUUGGGAGAAUUUCGAAUAAGUGAACGUAAAAUGAAAGUUUCUGUGGCAGAAGCUGCGAAACACAAAUCAGUAGAUGACGUUUUCGAACAAUUUCAAUUAACUAGAAAUAAACUGCAAGAAAAGUGUCAACAUAUACUAUAUGACCUAGACAGAAUUUCCAAUGAAUCAGAUCGGAAUCUUGUUGAAGAAAAGUGUGAGAUGUUUUUGGACUAUUCGGAAAAUUUGGAUUUCAUCGAGAGUGAAGAACUUGAGAGUCACUUCAGUACCUUUUACACAGCAGUGUCUCAUAUACUGAACGUCAAUCAACUGCAACAAUUAAAUUAUUGAAAAUGCAAGUUAAAAGUAUUCACUUAGAAUGCAAAUGAAAGCAUAUUAUUAUUUUGAAAUAAUUUGAUAUGAAAUUUAAUGAAUCUUCAUCAAAUUUUUAACCAUGGAAGACAUGUUUAUGUCAACUCAUUACUAUCAUAUAUCUAUCUAUUUGUCAAGCUAAUAAUGUUUUUGAGAAAUGUUUCUAACUACAUUAUUUUCUUUAUUAAGUACUUUAUGGAACCAUUUUGAGUUACCCAACAAAAACCUUAUAUGCUUUAAAAUGUUAUAUUUAUUUCAAUUUGAAUGAUGUGUCAAUAAACUGAGCAAAGUAUCUAUAAUAUUUUCAAUUAUUAUAAUUUCGACUAACUGAGGAUCACAAUUGUCAGUCCAUCACAAUAUAAAAAAUCAAAAUAUCUGCCUCAUAUUACAAUUUGCUCAUAACACAGAUAUUUUUCUAAUCUAUGAAUCGAUGCUGGUUUUCUAGGCGAAUAUUGAAUAACAAUCAAUUUCAAUUUUCUAUUUAUUCAACUCAAUUCUGAAUUACAACUAUACAUAGGUAUAAAUAAUUCUUAUCAAAUACUUCAUUCUGAAUGAGUUAAUAACAAAAUGACCUAGGCAUACAAAUGCCUGUAUUGUGCUUAUUCACUCAUUCAUGAACAAAAUUCAAAGUGUAUAAUAAAUAUUAAUUUGACAUUUAGUGAUUAGUAAACACUAGUAGAAAAUAGAUAAAUACAUAAAAAGAGGGGAUAAACACAGAAAGGGGAGAUGUCGGGAAAAAAACAAUGAUUUUUCGAAGCAGUGUUAGCAGCUAUAUUGAUUUCUUCUUCAAAAAAUAAUUAUUACUGGAUUUUCGAUAAUAUAUUGUUUUGCGGCAGUUUUGAAUCUAUUCAUAGUAUUGAUUUUCUCCAGGUUCAUUGGAAGCAUGUUGAAUAGUUUUGGACCGAAGGGAAAGACGAAUCUCUAGUAUUAGGAUAUUUGAGUUUUCUGAGAAUCUUGUGGGACUGGGUAUAUUAGUUCUACAUCUGUUAAUGUUUGAGAACAUCCAUAUUGAACACUGGUAGCUGUACAUACAUCUUACAUUCAAUAAAUCUGUUUCCUUUUAAAGUUCUUCCGUUGAGAAGCGCCAAUUUUUUUUCAAUAUUAUUUUCAGUAGCCAGUUUUGUACCGAUUGUAAGUGAUACAGCGUAUUGUUGAAAGUACCACCCAAUACUAUGAUACAAUAUCGAAUUAUUGAUUCCUCUACAGCAAGUUUUUUCUCGAGAGCAUGUCCCAUCUCAAAUGGUGGUCAAUAAAACUACACCCAAAUAUUUCAUGAAUGCUGUUUUCUUAAUAGCGGGACAAUUACAGAAUAACCGGUUUGCGCAACUAGGUUUGUGUAGAUACAAUACGAAAUGGUUUGGCUGUGUACUCGAAUUGAGUGAGAAAGUCAUGAAUUUGGUUUUUUGACAUUCAUGUUUCACCUUUUAAUAUUGAGGCUGUGUUAUCAGCUUACAAACUAUGUGCCCCUGAAAAUCUCUGAUCUGUGUAAUAUUAUUUAUUUAAGCAGGGAACAGAAUUGGUCCCAAAACUGUUUCCUGAGGCACACCAACAGAUAUAUUCAACUACUUACUGAUUUCAUUACCGAUUUUUCUUGUUUGUGUCCGCUGUGAUAAAUCACUUUGCAUCAAAUGUAAAGCGUUUCUCCGUAUUCCAUAUCCAAAGUUUUCUCAGUAGUAUAUCAUGUGACAGUGUCGAAUGCUUCCGCAAGGUCAAUAAAAACCGCUAGGCAUUUCGACUGUUUCGCUAGGCUUCCACUGUUUGUUCAACAAAAUCUAGUAUGGCAUUUUCAGUACUUUUGUUAUUUAUAAAUCCAAAUUGCUGUUUCAUUAUCACGUCAUGUUUAUUGAAGAAUUCGAGUAAUCUUUUUUUACUUUUUUUUUCAAAUUCAUACUCAGAUUUGAGUUAAUGUACCAGAUAAGAUGUUGUUUCACUGACGAAUAGUAACCCUCAGAAGUCAAAACGUGCAUGAGCUAUGUAUUAACGAGGUCUUAUCUUCAGCACAUUACUGUACUUUACCAGUCACUCUUCGAGUCACAGUGCAGGUAUCGAACCUACUUUCAAAAUAAGGGUGAUGACAUGUGUGGUAUUCACUAACCAAAUCGGUUACUAACUGAUAAUAAUCUCAGGUUAUACGUUGAAUAAACAGUUUUUGUUUUCUAAAAACUCUCAUAAAAAUCACUUACUUUUAGUAGAAGAACCUUAUGCCACCACAGUAUGGAGCAACCAAGUGAAAGAAAUUUAUCAAUACAAUUAUUGUACUUCCGUAGUUUUUUGUUUUGAGUAAUGUUUCUGCGUCUUUACCAAGUCGAAUUAGGUAUUCAUUUUUCCGAUAGAACUAUUUUUUGUGCUUGGUUUAUCAAUAGUUUUCGAAGCUUGCCAAAGUUUGUUAGAUAUAUGUGUCAGUUCGUCUAUUUAAUUUUCAUAAUAUUCCAUUCGUGCAGCUUCGCCAGUCUCAUUCAGUUUAUUUUCAUAUCUUUUGAAACGUGUUUUUAUGAACUACUUGUCAGGUUAGGUUAGAUUAUUUCGCUUGAUAUUUUAUGUAGGAGAAUUUCAAAUAUCUGAUUUAGCUCAAGAGAGCUUUUUUUGCCCCUAUUGUAGGAACUCAGGUUACCGAUGUAUUUUUUUUUGUUACUCAAAUUCUUGUAUGAAUUAUUUAAGUUAGCGAACUUCGGCUCUGUUUCAUAAUCAGCAAAUUCCAUUUUGAGUUAGUGUGCAAACUGACGUAUGAUUUCCAAUAACAUUGUAGCACCUACUAGAUUAUUUUCAAUAAACAUGUAUUCAACACUUA